AUGCACAUCCAAGCCAAUAUCGAAGGCAGUCACGACUCCGGGCGCAUCUCGCUUCUCUCGUGCGUGCCGAUCCCGGGUGUGAACAUCGUUAUCCUAGGGAUAGCGACGAUUGGGCCCUCGUUCGAGGUCCUAGGAGAACUCACGGCGGACCUUGCACCCAUGCUUGACCUCAACGUCAGCCUCGCGUACACAGUGCAGAAUGUGCACUUUGUAUUCCCCCUGAGCUACGGGCCCAGCACUUAG